GCCCGUCGGAUGUAAACAGCGCACUUUGCCGCUGUGCAGUCAGGCCAUGGACGACAGCCUCGUGCUCGCCUUGGGCGGCCUGAGCCUCCAGCCGCAGGCCCCUCGCCGCAGGCGCCGCUUCAGCAAAAGCCUCUACCUGCUGCGAGGCCUGCCCGGCUCCGGAAAGACUACCUUGGCCAGCUGCCAUAUUGUUGUUAAAGGGAUCUUAACCUACCAAGAACAGUUGGUGCCCUCGUUGGGUGGCCGAGAACAUGUUACAGCCGGCCUGGAGAACAAGAGGAGAGUCACAGUGGGUCGGUUGAACUGGGGUGGCUACUGCUGGUUCCCCAGUGAUCGCCCUCCAGAGGCUUCCCAUCUCUCCAAUAAACUGAGAAGGUCUUCCGUUUUUAUGCAAUUGAAACGUGAAUUUCCCAGUGCAGUAAUUUUCAGCACUGAUGACUACUUUUUCACAGAGGAUGGCUCUUACAUAUUUGAUCCUGAUUGUCUGGAAGAUGCACACAAGUGGAACCAGAAAAGAGCACGUAAAGCAAUGAAGAAUGGGAAAUCCCCAGUUAUUAUUGAUAAUACCAACAUCCACGCUUGGGAAAUGAAGCCAUAUGUGAUAAUGGCACUUGAAAACAACUAUGAAGUUAUAUUUCGAGAGCCAGAUACACACUGGAAAUUCAAUGUCCGUGAAUUAGCAAGACAUAAUAGCCACGGUGUUCCAAGAGAAAAGAUACAGCGGAUGAAAGAACAGUAUGAACAUGAUGUUACUUUUCACAUUGUGCUUCAUUGUGAAGAACCAGCAAGAAAUGGCAACAGGUCCCGUGGAGUUCACAACACUGGAAAUUUUUCCAAUCCACGCACUGCAUUAUCCAACAGAAGAGCUCACAGCCAUUCCACAAACGAAAGAUCAUUUAGUAGGAGAAGUGAUUUCCAUGGGGUCUUUUAGUGUUUUUACCAAGUUGUAUAAGAUUUUGAUGUAUGUUUUUACAAUUUCAUACUAUAAAUAUUUGUAUUUUUCUACUGAACUAGAUUUACAUUAUAAUCACCUGUUCCUUUCAAACCUUAAAAAAUCCAAAACACAUACACGCACACACGUUUUAGAUUUUUCUGGCUACAGCUAUAUAUUACAUAAACACUUUUGACAGGAUGCCUCCUAUUAGGGCUGUGUAUGUGAUAAAGCACCACAGUAAUUAGUGUUAUCAAUUAUUUCAAUUACUACAAUACUUGUAAAAGUAUUUUGUUAAGUCAGUAUGCUCGUAUAAUAGUGGUCAGGGAACAGCUCCCAUACAUAAAAUUGUCACUGGUGUUUUUAACGUAUUUGGUUUUUAAAAGCAUGUGCAUAAAUGAUACCUCAAAUAAUCAUUGUUAGUUUACUAAUAAUGAUAAUUGUAGUGAAUUUUCAUUCCUGUGAUUUGUUUUUGUUCAUCAAGUUUUAUAUCUUGCUUUUUGACCAUUAAGUCUAAAAAUGAUUUACAUUUUGAUAUAUAAUUUUAAGGUCUGCAUACAUAGUCUCCAGUUUCUUACAUUGUCUCCAGUUUCUUUCACCCUCAGGUUUGCCUCAGACUUGCUUGGUAGCUGCAUAUAUCUGGAAAAUGAUAGUGGGCAUAAAGAAUUCGUGUCACUUUAUUCCAUGUCAUUGGCCUCAGCUCACAGUGGUUACUUUGGUGAAGACCAGCCACACAUGCCACUUUUUGGAACAUAUGCUGGGGACUGCCUGCCCCUGUUGUAGAGCUUUAUCAGAUUUCCUUCCUAAGUUUACUUACAACAUUUAUCUGUGGCCUCUCCUGCUUGAGGCAGUAAGUCCAUUUAACUAUAUACAAUACACAGAUUGUAUGUUUUCUCACUGGCACUAAGAGCCAGUGUGUGGGGACUAGAGUGAUGGAUUAGGAUCUGCCAUGGAAGCUCGCUGGGUGACCUUGGACCAAUCACAAACUCUCAGCCUAAUCGACCUCACAGGGUUUGUUGUGAGGGAAAAACGGAGAGACUGCUGUAAGCUGCUUUGGGGCACCAUUGGGGAGAAAGAUGGGGUAUAAAUAAAGUAAAAAAAAUUAAAGAAUGUAAUUAAUUGGAUAUCCCCAUUCCUCAGGACCAACUCUGUUUUACAUUCCAUAUUAAGUGUGCUGUAUUUAUGUUUCCAAACUGACAUUUGCCUUUGGUGGCCUCAUUGCCUCUCUGCUUUUCAGUCUGUAAGCUGCUGUUUAUAUCCUCAUAUAGAUUUCCUCUCUGCUGUUCCAGCAUUAUUCGUACUGUGGGUUCUUCCACUAUUUGUCAUUUCUCAUUCUUAUUUUUACUCCCAACACUCAAGAUUUGUUCAUACCCAACUCAUGGUAGUUUGUAACCAGGGGGUGGUAGAGGUCUGAAACAAGCACAACAGUUCCAUUUGGCAGUAAUAUAUUUAAAAGUGCAUGGAACAGGGAAGAAGGCACAACUUUAAAAAUUAUAUGUCUAGAGGUUAACUAAAAACUAAUGGAGGCAUAACUGACCCUUUUUCAUUAACAUUCAGUGCUAAGUGCUUUGUGCCUUCUUCCUGUCUUACAUUUAUCUAAAACUCUUAAAAACCUUUCUCCUCCACUUGUCCACCAUAAACCCCAAGUGCUGCUCUGUGUAUUUGCUACAUUAGCCCCUAAGCUCUUCAAAGCAACGAACCCCUUUUUACUGAUAUAAUGAAUGAUAUAAAACAGGGCAAUAAAUAGCUAUCCCCGAAGGCGAUGUUACUUCAGAUGUCUUAACAUAGCUAGGGUUUUUUAAAAAUUAUCGUGACAAAAUGAGUCAGUCUGCAUUUCUGUAGCCAAUUCCUUACAUUCUAUAAGAUUUGUGCAUUUUGAAUAUUUUUAGCAUUUAUGUGUUUUAUGAAUUUAACACAAGCUUGGAUCUUUUCAUUUUUAAUCUUACCCUACUGUGAUUACUGUUUUAAAGUAAUUAAGGGACCCAGUCAUAUUAACUCUUCAGAACAGUAUACAGAUUUUCAGAAAACAAAAUCUAGGAAAAUCUAGGAAACUUGUCUCAAUUGUAAGAAAAAUUCCAGAAAUCACCCUAAAGUUGUUUGCUUUGUAACUGAUUAAUUGGUUCUAAUAAAGAAUCAGAAACCCUUUAA